GAUCCCUUCUAGACACGACUAAUAACAGUAGCCUCAACACCUUUGAGUGUACUAAGCCAAUGCAAGAAUAGACCCUAAAGGUGACAGCUCACUGACAGACCCUAAAUGUCGUGUAACAGCACAUAUUCCACCUCAUCAUCAAACACAACCGAGACUCCCUGCGAUCAAGUGCAGAAUUCGAGUAUGACACGCGACUCACCAAAGAAUGAAGGCGCGAGCGGUGCGGCCCGUCGCAAGAGCAGGGAAUGGUGGCUUCACGUGGGUCUGCUGUGCAUUCCUCUGGUCGCCGUGUAUCUGCACAUCCCUCCUCCAGAACUCUCAUCUGCGCUUAACACUUGGCGUUCCUCCGGACACUUCUUCACAUUCAGAGGCAACGACAUCUUCUAUAAAGAGUCAUUUGGUGUUGUGGGAAGCUCUGAUGUUCUGUUGCUACUUCAUGGUUUUCCUACUUCCAGCUAUGACUGGUACAAGAUCUGGGAUUCUCUGACACUUCGCUUCAACAGAGUCAUUGCCCUCGACUUCCUGGGCUUUGGUUUCUCAGACAAACCGAGACCACACCGUUACUCCAUCUUUGAGCAGGCCAGUGUGGUGGAGGCCCUGAUUGCUCAUUUAGGUCUGUCAGAGCAGAGGAUCAACGUCCUGUCACAUGACUAUGGAGACACUGUAGCUCUCGAGUUACUGUACAGGAGUGACCAUAACAGGACUGGACACAUCACCAUAAAUAGCCUCUGCCUGUCAAAUGGAGGUAUAUUUCCAGAGACUCAUCAUCCAAGAUUCAUGCAGAAAGUGCUAAAAGACUCGGGCAUCAUUUCACCUUUACUUACUCGCCUCAUAAACUUCCAGCUCUUCUCUAGAGGAAUAAGGGAUGUUUUUGGACCAUAUACUCAGCCAACCGAAGCAGAGUUCUGGGACAUGUGGACAGGCAUUCGCUUUAAUGAUGGAAAUCUGGUCAUGGACAGUAUCCUACAGUACAUUAACCAGAGGCUGAAGCACAGAGAUAGAUGGGUGGGGGCCCUUACCUCAACUUCAACACCAUUGCACAUGAUCUAUGGACCACUAGAUCCAGUUAAUCCACACCCCCAGUUUAUCCAGCUGUACUGGAAACUAGUCCAGAGAUCCACAGUAUCGGUUCUAGAUGAGCAUGUCAGUCAUUAUCCACAGCUGGAGGAUCCCACAGGCUUCAUCAAAGCCUACCUCAGCUUUAUCAACUCAUUCUGAGCUAAAGCCUUAUACGAGGACCAGAGAGAGCUGCACAGAGUUCUACAUUAAUCAUGAGAAUUAAGAUUUUACAGAGGAAAAGCAUUCUCAAAUGAAUAUUGUCCCAAAUAAGCUGUGGCACAAGUGGGGAAAAAGCAUAUUCCAGUCUAUUUGUUUUCAAGCAAUAAAGUAUCAGUCGUGAAAUACAAGUAUUAUACCAAAUGUCUGAACAAUCAUUACAAUGGUCAUUGCUUUAUUAGUGAUGGUGGCCCAGGGGUGCACAACACAAAAAAAUUAGCAAAGCAAAUAAAAGCUGAAAACACAACGGAAAUAAGCCACAACACAACAAAUGAAAUCAAUCCAGUUCAGAAUUAUCAGAAAAUAAAUAUUUAUAAAAAUUACUUAGUUGUACUGAAGUGCUCUGGACAAUGCAUACCUGGUUGGGUGUCUACCAGAACUCCUUUUUAUUACUUUAACACUUCCAAAGGCAGUGCUUAAAUUGGGCUGGUACGCCACACCAGUAAUGAUGAAAAUGUCACAGGGCACAGAUUUUUUUUUCCCAUAUCCAAAGGUAUCAAAUGAAUUUAUAUUCAGAACUACAUUUGUAGCAUACACAAAGUCUCUUCUGUUUAGAUUAUUUUUAAAAUGGAAACACAUUACACAUUGACUGGGGAACUUCUCUUGUGAGUGACUUGCAGUGGGACAAGCAGCUCUCUGCUUCCGAGCAGCCUUAAGAUCUCACAUGCAUUGAGUCAGACUGCCACAUGACUUGAAACACCGUAUUUAAAAAAAAAAAAAAAAAAAUGGUACGUUUUGCUGUGUUGUGGCUUAUUUCUGUUGUGUUUUCAAGCUUUAUUUGCUUUGCUAAUUUGGUUGUGUUGUGCUUCACUCCUGGGCCACCAUAAUUAGUUCUUUACAUGUUUUUUUUUUCUUUUGCUUAAAUGUAAAAUGCUGUAAUGACAUAAAAUAAUGUAAAUUGUAAAUAACUAAAUUUGUGUUUGAAGCAUUAAUGCCUUCAUUCAAAUAAAUAAGUCUUUAUAUGAA